AUGAGUCGCAAAGCCAAGAGUCGCAAGGCUCGUCUCGUCGAGAGCGACGAGGAAGACAUAAUCUUCCUCGGCCACAGAAAGAACGACGAGCCCAUCACAAUCUUCGACAGUGACGAUGACAUAGCGGGAUCUAGCGCAAAGCGUUGUUCCAGCUCGUUGAAUGCUGCCGCCGGUUCGGACUCGAACCUUCAUCUCCCCUCAUCGACGUUCGGUUCUUCCAGGACCAGGCACGCUGGCGCGCCAGCUUCGACAUCUGCUGCCGCUGCCCCCAAGUCUUUGGCGACUAGCCUCCAGUUCGCCUCCGCUGCUCCUGCUCCCGACUCCCAUCUCGGCGCAUCUACCUCGCGCCGCAAGCUUCGUUCGACCUUACCUGGCGCUCUUCCAUUCUUAGCCAUGAGUGCAUCCGAUACCGGCCUGUCCGCUUCCUCUUCCUCGGCGUCGUGGCGGGUCCAGGCAGCCCGCAAGGGCCCCAGCAACGCCAUCGCCUCCCUCGACGACUCUGACGAGGAAGAUACCACAGAGCCCGAACGCCCUUCCACCGAGGAGGAGGAGCAGGACUUCGUCCUGUUCAUGGCGAAACAGGGCGAGCUUCCCGAGGACGAGGAAGACGAGGAGGAAGAGCAUGGUAUCCCGCAGGUUCUGAACGAGGAGCAGAUUGUCAACGACCUGCUCUCUGCGACUGGCAACGGGGAAGUGGACGAGUCCACUUACGGGCAAGAGAACAAGUUCCUAGGAAUCGACGACAUCGUCAGGGCCAUCAAGGUCCUCGCUUCUCUCGCUCCCGACCCCGACAUCACCAUCUCCCCCAUCCAGCUCCCCACCCUCCGGUACCGGUUCCAAAAGUGCCUCGACGCACUUGGUUCACGAACUUCGGGCUACAACAACAACUACACGCGCAUCAUGAGUCUCGUCCCCGUCGAAACGCAGUUCAGGGUAUUCUGCUACGCCACCGAGCUCUCAGAGCAUGCUCUUCUCGCUGCAGCUUCCCCCCCAACCGAAGCGCAGAUUAAAGUGCGGGCCGCAGAGACUCCAGCGUUCAACGAUCAGAGCUGGAUGAGCUACACGCUGGUAUUCCUCGCUACAGCCGAUCUUCCCUUGACCGACUACGAAGGAUCCGCCAAUGCCAUGCCCUCGACCAGCCCCGGUGGCGGCGAAGCGCGCAGCGUCACCCAUCUCGCGGCUCUCCGCCGCGGUACGAAGGCCAAGAUAUACGAGGCCAUCCGAGCUGCUCCCGGUCAAGUGGGGAUGUUUUUAAAUGCUCGAUUUGAUGUCAACGGCCACGACCGUCGCUCGGCUGUUCUCACCGCGGUGCGCGUCUGCUCUCAAUACAUAUGCGAGGCUGUGCGCCAUGAGUGGUGUGUUUCGUUCCACCCCUCUUCUCGCCACUUCUCCACUGCUGCAGGUCACGAGUGGUGGCCCAACCGCCCCACGACGGGGACCAACAUGCAGACGCCUGCCCUCCAAGGAAUGAGGUGGCUCCCUCCUCUUCCAGUUGCCGACCGCCUCAAUAACGCUCGCCAAGCUGCCCGCUCCAAGUGGUCCUCCGACUGGGGCCGUCGUUGGCGCCGCGCGUAUGCGUUGUCUCCCAAAGGCCGAGAGGCUCGGGCCAAGUACUACUCGAGCGAGCUCCACUGGCGAACGUUGCGCCGCUGGCGCAAGGCGAACAUCAAGCUGGUGCGCUCCUAUGAGCACCGAUGCCGGGCCAAGUUUAAGGCCAACCUGAAGAUCGCCGAGGAGGCCGUCGCCGCCGGCGCCGACGCAGCCAGUCUCCCCGACGCCCAGCGCAGGGCUCUCACACGUCGCAGCAACGACGUAGCGAGAGACAAGGAAGCGUUGUGUCGUCCGCAAGGACGACCGCCACGACCUCAAUCGCGCAAGGGCCGCUGGAGCUACGGACAACGACCUGACGGCGCGGCAACGCAAGACGCAGCGGCAAGUAGACCGCGACAAGCAGAAGAGGGAGGAGCGGAAGGAGCUGGCUGCUCGCGCCGAGGCCGCGCUCGCGGCUGGACUCCAGCCCAGCGCAGCCGAGAGGAAGGCAUACGACAGUCUGGAGAACAGCAGACGGGGUAA